AUGGCGUCCUCUUCCAACUCCGACGAGACGAGCUACGUCAAGAUGGACGAAACCAAAGACGGCUUCGAUGCGCAACUGGUCGGCAAGCACUGCGAGUACGACUACUGCAACCAACUCGACUUUCUACCAUUCUUCUGCCAGAGCUGCAAAAAGACUUUCUGCCUUGAUCACCGAUCCGAGACUUCCCACAAGUGCACCGACGCCGGUGCCUGGGCCGAACGACGACGCCAGGCAGAGCUUGCGAAGCCCGCCUACGGCCAGGGCCGCCAACUGCGCGACCACGUCUCCCAAAAGCCCUGCGCCUCGCCAACCUGCAAGACCACCAUUGGCACCUCGCUGGUUCCCGGCGUACAUUGCCCAGGCUGCAAUCGCGACUACUGUCUCAAACACCGGCUGAAAGAGGACCAUAACUGCAAGAACCUCGUCCCGCUUGGUGCCCGUCCUGGGUCGCAGAUCGACGUCGCGGCGCGGACCAGGAGCGCGUUCGAUAAGCUGAAGGCCUGGGGAACGGCCAAGAAGGAGCAGGCCGGCAGGGCGCUCCCGAAACCGAAACCUACAUCUGCGUCUGCGCGACUGAUAGCGGUGAACAACCUCAAGAAGACGGCCAAGGGCGACAAUAAACUGCCGCAGGAGAAGAGAGUCUACCUCUACGUCGAGGCCGAGGCGGAGACUGCAAAGGCCAAGUUUCCCAAGGGCGAAUUCUUCUUCUCCAAGGAUUGGGUGGUUGGGAGAGUGCUCGACGAGGCAGCAAAGCGGUUACAGGUGGAGAACCUCAACAACCGAUCUUCGGAUGAGCGGGACAAGCUGCGGGUGUUCCAUGUGGAGGGAGGGAGGUUACUGGAAUUCAACGAGAAGGUUGGAGCAUCGCUGGUCAGCGGCAACACAGUUGUCCUCCUUCGCGGUGUUGGGCCCCCGCCGGAUUUGAUGGAGGUUUAA